AACAGAACUAACUUGCUGAGCCUGUCACCAGAAUUCCAGGAGCCAAACCAGCAAUGUCUUCCUCUUUGCAACCUGAAGUCCCUGCCCCGCUGGCCAACUUGAAGAUUCAGUAUACUAAGAUCUUCAUAAACAAUGAAUGGCAUGACUCAGUGAGUGGCAAGAAAUUUCCUGUCUUUAACCCUGCAACUGAGGAUGUCAUCUGUCAUGUAGAAGAAGGGGACAAGGCAGAUAUUGACAAAGCAGUGAAGGCUGCACGGCAAGCUUUUCAGAUUGGCUCCCCAUGGCGCACCAUGGAUGCUUCAGAAAGAGGGCGCCUCCUGUACAAGCUGGCUGACUUAAUGGAAAGAGAUCGCCUGCUCCUGACUACAAUGGAGUCAAUGAAUGCUGGGAUAAUCUUCACAAAGGCAUACACGGUGGAUUUCGAGGUUAUGAUAAAAGGAUUAAAGUACUGUGCAGACUGGGCCGACAAGAUCCAUGGUCAAACAAUACCAAGUGAUGGAGAUAUUUUCACUUACACAAGACGUGAACCAAUUGGGGUGUGUGGUCAAAUCCUCCCUUGGAAUGGACCCUUGUUAACUUUCAUUUGGAAGGUAGGCCCUGCCCUUUGCUGUGGGAACACUGUGGUUGUCAAACCAGCAGAACAAACUCCUCUCACUGCUCUUUACAUGGCGUCUUUAAUAAAAGAGGCAGGAUUUCCUCCUGGCGUGGUAAACAUUGUCCCUGGUUAUGGGCCAACUGCAGGGGCAGCCAUCUCUUCUCACAUGGACAUCGACAAAGUGUCCUUCACGGGAUCAACAGAGGUUGGCAAAUUAAUCAAAGAAGCUGCAGGGAAAAGCAAUCUGAAGAGGGUCACCCUGGAGCUUGGGGGAAAGAGCCCCUGCAUUGUGUUUGCAGAUGCUGACUUGGACAGUGCUGUUGAGUUUGCACAUGAAGGAGUGUUCUGCCACCAAGGUCAGAUUUGUGUCGCAGCAUCCAGGCUUUUUGUUGAGGAGUCAAUUUAUGAUGAGUUUGUGAAAAAGAGUGUUGAGAGGGCUAAGAAAUACGUUCUUGGAAAUCCUCUGAACUCAGGAAUAAAUCAAGGUCCUCAGAUUGACAAGGAACAGCAUGAUAAAGUACUUGAACUCAUUGAGAGUGGGAAGAAAGAAGGAGCCAAAUUGGAGUUAGGUGGUGGACGCUGGGGGAACAAGGGAUUCUUUGUCCAGCCCACCGUGUUCUCCAAUGUUACUGAUGAGAUGCGCAUUGCUAAAGAGGAGAUAUUUGGACCAGUGCAACAAAUCAUGAAGUUCAAAUCUCUAGAUGAUGUAAUCAAGAGAGCGAACAAUACUAUCUAUGGCCUAGCAGCAGGAGUCUUCACGAAAGACCUGGAUAAAGCCAUCACCGUGUCUUCUGCUCUGCAGGCUGGGAUGGUGUGGGUUAACUGCUAUUUGACUUUUUCUUUCCACUGCCCCUUUGGUGGAUUCAAGAUGUCUGGAAAUGGGAGAGAAAUGGGUGAGCUUGGUAUAUAUGAAUACACUGAACUCAAGACAGUUGCCAUGAAAAUAUCUCAGAAGAACUCUUAAAGAAGUCACCAGAGUGAAGAGAAACCCUUCAGCAAGGACUACACAUCUACUAUAGUCACCCCAAUAGUGUUUUUCUUUAAGUCUUCUAUUGAUUUCUUAAACAUAAGCGACUCAUUAGUAUUGAUGCCACAUAUAGAACACUUGUAGUUUAAUCUGAAAGAAUCAUUGGCCUUCUAAUAUGGGACCCCAAUUCAUAUAAUAGAUUUAAAGGAUAGAUUUAGGUGCAAGCUCUCUGUGACUCUGUCAUGAUCAGGUGUUUUCCAAUGUAGAAUGUUUAGAAUAUUUACCUGGUAAGGAGGACCAGUUGUAAUUUAAACUCUGUCUGUCAGUGACUCCUUGAAUCACUCAAUCUGCACAAUGACUGCAGAGUAAGUUGUUCUGUUCCCUGUGGUUAUUCCUUCUGAGUGUUGUGAAAUGGUUUCUAGAAUGCCAUACCUGCUUGUCAAAUGAAAUGCCUAUCUGGAAUUAGAAUGUGAAGCUUAAUAAAGGUAAUUUCACAAGA